AUGGAAGCUCCAUUCCGAGGAAUUGCGAAAGAUUUUCAGGGCAGACUAUCUUGUUAUAAGCAAGAUUGGAUGACCGGAAUUCAUUCUGGAAUUGGGAUAUUGGCUCCAACUACAUAUAUCUUUUUUGCCUCUGCUCUUCCUGUGAUUGCAUUUGGAGAGCAAAUAAGCAGAGAUACUGAUGGGAGCUUGAGCACAGUAGAAACCUUGGCAUCAACUGCAAUUUGUGGUAUCAUACACUCGAUAUUUGGCGGUCAACCUCUGCUGAUAUUAGGCGUUGCAGAACCAACUAUCAUAAUGUACACUUAUCUCUACAAAUUUGCCAAAGGAAGAGAAGAAUUGGGACAAAAUCUCUACUUGGCUUGGGCUGGAUGGGUUUGUGUGUGGACAGCUUUAUUCUUGUUUCUUCUUGCAAUAUUCAAUGCUUGUAAAAUCAUGAAUAGAUUUACAAGAAUUGCCGGGGAAACUUUUGGCAUGUUGAUUGCUCUUCUAUUCAUUCAAGAGGCAAUUAAGGGAAUUGUUAGUGAGUUUAAAAUCCCAAAAUCUGAGGACUCCAAUUUGGAGAAGUACCGGUUCCAUUGGCUUUACACAAAUGGUUUACUUGGAGUUAUCUUUUCAUUUGGUCUUUUCUACACCUCCUUAAAAAGCAGAAGAGCAAGAUCAUGGUGGUAUGGCACAGGUUGGCUUAGAAGCUUCAUUGCAGACUAUGGGGUGCCUCUAAUGGUCUUAGUGUGGACAGCAAUGUCAUUUGGCAUAUCAAAGAAUGUACCAUCUGGCAUUCCUAGAAGGCUUUUUAGUCCCCUUCCAUGGCAAUCUGUAUCUGUAUACCACUGGACUGUAAUCAAGGAUAUGGGGAAGGUUCCUCCAAUCUAUAUCUUUGCUGCCAUCGUCCCGGCUGUAAUGAUAGCUGGACUCUAUUUUUUCGAUCAUAGUGUUGCAUCGCAAUUGGCGCAACAAAAGGAAUUCAAUAUUAAGAACCCCUCUGCCUAUCAUUAUGACAUCUUAUUGCUUGGAUUUAUGACUUUGUUUUGCGGUUUGAUUGGGUUGCCUCCUUCAAAUGGAGUCUUGCCACAAUCUCCAAUGCAUACAAAAAGCCUAGCAGUUCUUAAAAGACAGUUGAUACGGAGGAAGAUGAUUGAAAGUGCUAAGGAAAGUAUAAAGUGUAAAGCUUCCGAUUCUGAAAUCUAUGGUGAGAUGCAAGCUGUUUUCAUAGAGAUAGACAAAUCUCCAGUUAAUGCAACUUCAGUGGUUAAAGAGCUGGAAAAUUUGAAAGAGGCAGUAAUGAAAGAUGAAAACAAUGGAGAACAAACAAAGGACAAAUUUGAUCCCGAAAAACAUAUUGAUGAAUACUUGCCAGUUCGCGUAAAUGAGCAAAGAGUGAGCAAUCUGUUGCAAUCACUACUUGUUGCAGCAUCAGUAUGUGCCAUGCCUGUGAUUAAGUUGAUACCAACAUCAGUUCUUUGGGGUUAUUUUGCCUAUAUGGCUAUUGACAGCCUCCCUGGAAAUCAAUGCUGGGAAAGGAUUUUGCUCCUUUUCAUUGCCCCAAACCGACGUUACAAGGUUGUCGAGGGAGUUCAUGCGUCAUUUGUGGAGUCAGUGCCAUUCAGAUAUAUUGCAAUCUUCACAGUGUUUCAGAUUGUAUAUUUACUUAUAUGCUUAGGAGUGACUUGGAUUCCUAUAGCUGGAAUUCUCUUUCCAUUGCCUUUUUUUCUUCUCUUAAGCAUAAGACAGCAUUUUCUUCCCAAGCUGUUUCAGCCUCAUCAUCUGUGUGAGCUCGACGCUGCCGAGUACGAGGAAAUUGCUGGAGCUCCACAACAUUCACGUAGUCUUUCUUUCACGGAAAAUGAGGGAACUCAUAAUGGGAAUGGAGGUGAAGAGAAAAUUUGUGAUGCUGAAAUAUUGGAUGAACUGACAACCAGUAGAGGAGAACUGAAGCUGAGAACAAUGAGUUUCAGAGAGGAAAAAAAGCCCCCAGGUUCAUCCAGAGGAUGA